AGAAGAAGAUGCGGAGAGAAGCAGUGACGAUGAUGCCAGCUCCGUGUCUAGCCGCCUGCAGCCCUUCCCUGCGCAGUUACACGCACUGAUACCUGUCUACUGAGGCUUUAUUUGGCUCGCAGAUUUCCGCUCUGGCCUCUCGUUUCAAAGGGUAAUUAGAUUUAUCGAUCCAUCAUGGCUUCAACCAUAGCGUCUCCUUUCAUUCGAGGUUCUUAUCGGGCUCUGUGGAGGGCACCGAGGCCGUUCGUUCAGAUCCCCGCAUUACGGGCACUGUCGACAAAACACCCGAAGGGAUUCGUUCCACCGUCGGAGGAUGACUUGGUUGAGCUGCGUGAACGAGUUCAGGAAUUUACAAGACGUGAGAUCCCCGAGGAGGUCGCUGCCCGGACGGACGAACAGAAUGAGUUCCCAGCAGAUAUGUGGAAGAAACUAGGGGAUGCUGGGUUGCUUGGUGUGACGGCCAAUGAAGAAUACGGCGGUCUAGGGAUGGGCUAUCAGGCUCACUGUAUUGUCAUGGAGGAAAUCAGCAGAGCAUCUGGAAGCAUCGGGUUAUCCUACGCUGCCCACUCACAACUCUGCGUCAACCAACUCUCCUUGAAUGGGACGGAACAGCAGAAGGCCAAGUUCCUACCAGGUCUCUUGUCCGGAGAGAAGGUCGGCGCAUUGGCAAUGUCAGAGCACUCUGCUGGCUCGGAUGUUGUCAGCAUGAAGACCACAGCCAAGGCUGUCGAUGGAGGAUGGCUGCUGAACGGGACAAAGAUGUGGAUCACAAACGGUCCUGAUGCAGAUUAUAUCGUUGUGUAUGCAAAGACAGAACCCGAGAAAGGCCCCAAAGGCAUCACUGCGUUUGUGGUAGAGAAGGGCACCAGCGGCUUCUCAUGCGCCCGCAAGCUGGACAAGCUCGGCAUGCGUGGUUCCAACACGGGCGAGCUGGUCUUCGAGGAUGUCUUCGUUCCCCGGGAGAACCGUCUAGGCGAGUUGAACAGAGGAGUCAAGGUACUGAUGGAAGGGUUGGACCUCGAACGUCUAGUCCUCAGCGCCGGACCACUAGGUAUUAUGCAGGCCUGCCUCGACCUCGUCCUACCGUAUACACAUAUGCGCAAACAAUUCGGUACCCCCAUCGCCCACAACCAGCUCAUCCAGGGCAAGCUGGCAGACAUGUACACCAAGCUGUCUGCGUCGCGCGCCUACACGUACGCGACCGCCCGCCAGAUCGACACCUCCGCCGCCGACCCGGCGACCCAGCUUGUAAUCCGCACCCAGGACUGUGCAGGGAGUAUUUUGUAUGCUGCGGAGCGGGCGACCGAAUGCGCUCUCGACGCCAUCCAACUGAUGGGGGGGAACGGCUACAUCAACGAGAUUCCGGCGGGGAGACUGCUGCGGGAUGCGAAAUUGUAUGAGAUCGGCGCAGGGACGAGCGAGAUCAGACGCAUGGUUAUCGGACGCGCUUUCAAUAAAGAGUUUGCCUAGGAUAUUCUACACUCGUUUAUAACGCUUUUAUUACUAUAAACGUGCUGGUAGAAAUUUAUGGCUAUAUAUAUAUAUAUA